AUGGAGUUCGAUCCAGACGUCAUAGUGAAAAGGCAAUCCAGCGUCAUUGUUACCCGUUUACAAAAAGCGGAGAAGGAAUUCUUCGAACUUGUGGACAUCGGAAACGUGUCGGACGUCAGUCACUUUCUCCAAAAAAAUUCGAAUUUCAACAUCAACGCCGUUGACUUUCAGGGCGUCACGGCACUGCACAUUGCAGUCCGCAACAGGAACAUUGCAAUGGUAGAAUAUCUACUGUCUUCUCCAGACAUCGAUCCGGGAGACACUCACCUGCACGCCAUCGCGGAGAACGAACCGAAAAUCGUCAAUCUUAUCCUGAACAAAUUAAAUCAACUAACGUCGGGAUUGGAGUACGUCGGUGUCACGCAAAGCGCUGAUUUCCCAGACGAUACAACUCCUCUUGUGAUAGCUGCACAAUGCGGACACUUCGAACUGAUCGACUAUCUCCGGAAAAGACAUCAUAAUAUUCCCAGACCACAUUUGCCGUCCUGCAACUGCUAUGAGUGCAAAAGCGAACGAGAAAGAUCUGAUUUACUGACGAUCGAGAAAAUGCGAUUAUUCACGUACAAGGCGAUCACGAACCCCGCGUAUAUUUGCCAGACGGUCGACGACCCAAUUCUCGAAGCAUUCAAUUUAUCUUACGAGCUGAGCCAGGCUGCUAACUUCGACAAAGAAUUCUAUCACGAGUACAAAGGGCUCUCCGAGAGUGUCUCCGGAUUCGCCACCGAUCUGAUCGAUUGCGCGCGAACGUUCGACGAGGUGGAAGUCAUUUUGAAACAAUCCACCGGGUUCGCCAUUUCCUCCAAGUUUAUGUACCCUAGGCUGUUGUUCGCGCUGCAUUACAAGCAACGAAGUUUCGUGGCUCAUCCCAAUGUGCAACAGUUGAUCAAAGCCAAAUGGAUCGAAGACUGGUACGACUGGAAGAUAAAGAGCAGUUGGGCGCAGUUCGGACACGUAAUACUGCGUAUCGGUUUGCUCCCAGUAAUUCUUGUGAUCAUACUUUUCGCGCCCAAUUCGAAAUGGUCGAAAUGGUUUCAGUCGCCCGUUAAUAAAUUCAUCUCGUCGGUCGCGAGCUCCUUAAUCUUCCUGCUUUUAGUUUUCCUCCAGUCGAACUCCGACAAGUCCGAACAGUUUCGCGGAGCCCCUAACACCGUGUACGUCUGGUUCCUGUCAAUUUACAUCGUUUCGUAUACUUGGGCUGCAAUACGUCUCUGCUUGAUACACGGUCCAAAGAGGUUCUUCUCGAAGCGUUGGUAUUGGUUCGAGGCAGUGAUGAUAUCUCUUUUCGUGUUGACCUUCAUAUAUUGGAUCACCGCAGCUAUCGACGUGCGAACAAACGGACAACUUCAAUUAGAACGGAAGUAUUGGAACAAGUAUGAUCCCACGUUGAUUGCUGAAGGAAUGUUUUGUCUGGCGACGAUAACGGCCUUUUUGAAAUUGAUGUACAUCUACCAGUUGGACUACAAUCUGGGACCUCUUCAACUAUCUUUGGGGAAAAUGAUCUACGACGUUCAGAAGUUCAUCGCUCUGUUUUUGAUAAUUCUGAUUGCUUUCACUGUCGGCACAUGCAAGCUUUAUCAAUAUUACGACGGAAUGGUGCAAACCGAUGACCAAUCGAAAAUUAAAACACAGCAGGUGAGCUCGUUUGUCGAUUUAAAAUCCGCUUUGAAAACGUUUUUCUGGGCGCUUUUCUGUAUGACCCCAAUGGAAAGCGCAGACGUGAUAAUCGAGAAUCUUCCGGGUGAAUCAGAUUACAAGAGUGUCAUCAAUCAUCACACGUUCACCGAAAUAAUCGGCUACAUAUCCUUAUCAGUAUACAUGUUCAUCGCUGUAAUAGUCAUUCUUAAUAUGUUAAUCGCGUGUAUGUCAAAUACUCUUACGCGAGUAACAGAAAAUAUGAUCGUGGAGUGGACCUUUGGCCGUACAGAGGUUUACAUCGACUUCAUGCUGACGACAGCUCUUCCACCGCCGUUCAAUAUUAUUCCAACGUCUAUUGGAAUUCGGCCAAUCAUCGACUACCUGAAAAUACUUUUGAAACCGCAGAAAGACAAACGAGCGCGCUGGGACAUUACUCACUGUUUUUUCAUCGAAUCCUCGGAAACCGAGAAGGAUCAUCAAUUUUCUAUAGUGAUGUCCCAAUUGGUGCAACGCUAUUUCCGGAAGAAAAAGAAAGAGGCAGAUGAAAACGAUAUAGAAAGAUUGAGGAAAGAAAUCGUGGAACUGAGAACUGUUCUGAGGGACGCUUUGUCGCCUGAUUAA